AUGCUUGCCCCGCCUACCAACAACGGGAGCUGUAAUCUGAGCGGUAUGGACCUUACAGGACUUUCGAUUGUCAAUGCCUGGGCGUCGAAGCUGCCUGGACCCAACCUUCUACACCAGUUGGUCAAGACAAACGUCCAACAUGUAGCCUUGGAGUACAUGGGAAAUGGCCAACGUUCGACCCUCACAUACAGUCAGAUGCAUGAAGCUGCAGCAUCUCUCGCCAUCCGUAUAACAAGAGCCUCAGGCAACGCCCAAGGCCAGUUUGUUGUUCCCGUACUCAUUCACCAAUCACCCUUGCUCUAUAUCUCCCUGUUGGCCAUUCUGAAAGCUGGAGGGGCUUUCUGCCCUUUGAACAUUGAUGCUCCAUCUGAACGAGUAAAAUUCAUUCUUGGGGAUGUGGCUGCAAAAGUUGUGCUGGUCACAAAAGAGCUUGCAUCUGAGAUACCGAAUGAUAUUGAGGCAACUGUCAUCGUCGUUGACGAUGAUGAACAAGAGAGCGUUCUUCCCCAAAGCUCACUGACUGAGCCUCACCACCGAGUUCCUCAACCGGAAGACCUCGCAUAUGUUAUGUAUACAUCUGGGUCAACAGGAACUCCUAAAGGUGUUGGCAUUUCUCACGAUGCUGCAACUCAAGCUCUCAUCGCUCACGAUAGACACAUCCCGUCUUUCUCUCGCUUCCUACAGUUUGCAGCACCGACAUUUGAUGUUUCUGUCUUUGAAAUUUUCUUCCCACUUUUUCGAGGAGUAACUCUUGUUAGUGUUAGAAGAGUCGAGAUGUUGGAUGACCUCCCAGGGGUGCUACGCACUAUGAACGUGGAUGCUUGUGAACUCACACCAACGGUUGCUGGAAGUUUGCUGCGCAAGAGGUCAAACGCCCCGGAACUCAAGGUACUUUUGACUAUCGGAGAAAUGCUCAAUGCACCGGUAAUUGAAGAAUUUGGGGGAGAUGUUGCAAGACCGAGCAUGCUUUGGGCAAUGUAUGGUCCUACCGAAACUACAAUCCAUUGUACUCUACAGACAGCCUUCUCAUCUGAUUCUUCCACAAGUAACAUCGGUGUACCACUUGAUACGGUUUCGUGUUUCGUUAUUGAAAUCCCAGAAUCAGAUAACGGCCAGUAUACAGCAAAGAUUCUCCCACAGGGAGAGGUUGGAGAGCUAGCUGUAGGUGGUUAUCAGCUAGCGAGUGGCUAUAUCAACCGACCUGAACAAACAAACUCUGCCUUCAUUGAUUCGCCAUUUGGUCGCAUCUACCGUACGGGUGACAAAGCUCGUCUGCUUCCAAACGGAAGGCUUGAAUGCCUCGGCCGUAUAUCAGAUGGACAAGUAAAGCUUAGAGGACAGCGGCUAGAGCUUGGCGAGGUGGAGCAAGCUGUCCUCCGAGCAACAGGAUGUCACAGUGCUGUAGCCGCAGUGGUGGGAUCUAUUCUCGUGGUAUUCUGCGCUGUCGAUGCGGGAGUUACCGAAGAUACUAUUCUAUCACACUGCGGGAACUGGCUACCACAGUACAUGAUUCCUGGUGAAAUCAUCCUGAUGCCAGACUUUCCAAGACUGCCAAGUGGCAAAGUCGAUAGAAAAAGGCUGAAGGUAGAGUAUGAGGAGAACAAGGCAAACAUGUCAGAAGGCACCGCCGACUUAGAACCCUUGGAUGAGAUCGAGUCAGAGCUCUUGUCAGUUGUGUCUCGAGCCUUGAAUUUCAAAGUCGAUAAAUCAAUGUCUCUGGCCUCCCUUGGCAUGGAUUCCCUCAAGACAAUCAAGCUUGCCUCAGCCUUACGAGUUGCGGGCUUUGAGAUAGAAUCAACAGCUCUUCUCACACUGAAAACUGUGGCCGAAGUCAUUUUCGCCGCCAGGAAGCACGUUCAAAAUCAAAAUGCCGUUUCCCAAUCAAACUCAAAGGACUUAUCGUUAGACCUGGCAGAAAUUUUGCAGCAAAACGCCGCCCUGGCUGGUCUUGGUGGCUCCAUUGAGGACGUGAUACCAUGUACUCCUCUACAAGCAGCCAUGCUGGCAGAAACAGCUCAGCAUGCAACCGCCUACUGCAACGAGAUCGAGCUCAGCAUUCCAUCGGAUUACACUGUCGAUCAAGUAACAGAAACUUUCAAAGAACUUUCGCAUCGACACCCGAUCUUGAGGGCAGGCUUCACGGUUGUAGCUGGCAAGUUUGUCACGCUUAUUCACCGGAACCUCCGAUCUGAGCAGAUCAGAAUUGUCGAUAAGUUCGACAAUGGCCUGUCAUUCAUCUCAUCUCCUGAGUUCUGUCCUCCUCUGAUACUCCAGAUUCAACGAGGUUCUGCCACUGACCAUUCUCGUAUUCUUCUACAACUGCAUCAUUCACUAUACGAUGGCUGGUCUAUGGAUAUCUUGCUUGCUGAUUGGUCCAAGUUACUGCUGAAAGAGACGGUAUCACAGCAUCCGCCAUUUCGGGAAGUUGUUGGAUUUUAUCGUCAUCUCCAGCAUGACGACGCUGCUCGAGUCUUCUGGACCGAGCACUUUGUUGGAUGGAAACGAACACCGUUACCCAAGCUACAGGGGAAGGUCGUGCACUCAAAUCAAACCAUGUGUGUUCGCCGGCCGUUGACCCUCUCUCGCAACCAAGUCGAUACUGAGACACAGAGACUUGGCUGUAGCCAUCAAGUUGUAUUCCAGGCAGCAUUGGCUUUGCUAUGGUCGGGAAUCACAGGAACACGUGAUAUCACCAUCGGCUCGGUGACGUCUGGGCGAACCAUCUCUGUGGCAGGUGUAGAAGACAUCGUUGGACCAUGUAUAGCGUCCCUGCCGGUCCGAAUAGACCUUGAUAAGACUACUGCCGGCCUUGACCUACUCAACAGCAUACACUCUAGCAACAGGAAAAUCAUGCAGUAUUGCACGGUAUCUCUGUCGGAGAUCAAAAAGCUGAUAGAAUUGCAACCCGGGGAAAGUCUUUACGAUGUACUUUUUGUUUAUCAAGAGUCUCUUACUAGCUCAGAACGCACAAAAAAUGUGGUCAGAGAAGUUAGUCAUCUGGAUCGCUUGGAAACACCAGUUCUAUUUGAAGUUGAGCCGACAGAAAACGGAUUUGCGCUCCAAGUCACGUACCAUGAAGCAUUCAUAUCGCCAAAAGUGGUCGAGAACAUAGCGAGUCAGUUCGAGUCGUUGGUUCUCUCGAUUCUAGAGAGUCCUGACAAGGAGAUCAAAUGGGUUUCCAGGGGAAUCAACGGCAGCCCAUCGAUCCACAACCUCACUCCCACAUUGCCUCAACACACUCCUGACUUGGCACAACUCUUCGAAGACGUGGUUCGGAAAUAUCCUGCCUCGGACGCUUUGCUUUUUGCCCACUCACUUGAAACUGGCUUUCAAACUAAUUGGUCGUUCGAAGAGCUGAAUGGUGUCGCGAAUCAGAUUGCGCGAUACUUGCAGAGUCACGAUGUCAGAGUUGGACAGGUGGUGGCCAUUCUGAUGGAUAAGUCACCCAUGCUCUAUGCGUCAAUCUUGGGCAUCAUGAAGAGUGGCUGUGGAUAUCUUCCGAUCCUGCCUUCAACGCCCGCGGCUCGCACUCAGGAAAUUCUAGUGCAAGCCGAGAUCAAGCAUUGCUUGGUGGACGCUGAGUCUCUUGGCCAACACACAUCAACAUCUGAUGUAUCAAUGAUCCCUAUUGAUAUCAACUCGAUCAGUAACCUGCCUGCGACCAAUUUAGAUGUCGUUGCUGAUGGUGCUCGACUCGCAUACGUCAUCUACACGUCCGGUACGACGGGAACUCCCAAAGGUGUCGCAGUCCAGCAACAGAACAUCGCUGCGAACAUCGUGCAUCUUGAGGCAGUAUACCCGAAAUCUUGCCGUCAAUCGGGUCGUCUCCUACAAGCAUGCUCUCAGGCAUUCGAUGUAUCGGUGUUUGAGAUAUUCUAUACCUGGUAUGCUGGCAUGUGUUUGUGCGUUGGUACGAACGACACAAUAUUUGGGGAUAUCGAACGUUCCAUACGCGACCUCAAAAUAACGCACCUUAGCAUGACACCAACUGUAGCGACCCUCGUCGAACCUUCCAAUGUACCAGGUGUUGAGUUUCUUGUAACUGCUGGCGAACCCAUGACACAGUCAGUAUACGAGAAAUGGCAGCACCACCUUUGGCAGGGCUACGGACCUUCCGAAACCACAAAUAUCUGUACGGUGAAGAAGAUGACAUCGGAUGAUCAUAUUGAACACCUUGGACACGCUUUUCCCAAUACCUCUGUCGUUGUUCUUUGCCCCGACAGCACCGAUGCAGUUCCUCUCAACUGGGUUGGAGAGUUCUGCUUUGGAGGCGCACAGGUUGCUCAAGGCUACCUUAACAUGCCAGGGCUAACAGCGCAGAAGUUCAUUCAACAUCCUCGUUAUGGAAGACUAUAUAGAUCUGGGGACAUGGGACGCAUGCUUCCAGAUGGUUCCCUGGUUAUUCUAGGUCGUAUUGACGAUCAGGUGAAAUUAAGAGGGCAGCGGAUCGAGAUCGGUGAGAUAAACAGUGUCGUGACAAUGACUGGCCAAGCAGCAUCAGCUGUUACGCUGUUAGUGCAGCGCGAGGAAAUAUAUACCCAGCAAUUGGCUCUGUUUUAUGUUCCUCGUCAUGAUCCUGGUGAGUUCAAGGCGCUGGAGAUCAACGACGAAACACACCAAUCCCUUGUCGCACAUCUACAAUCACGUUUGCCUGGCUACAUGGUACCAUCUUACCUCAUUCCUAUCUCUUCGGUUCCCAUGACAUCGAGUGGGAAGAUAGACAAGCGUCGUCUUCGUGGAUGCUUCAACAUUUUGAGGCGGGAUUAUCUUGAAGCAUCUUCGAAGAUUUCACCAGCUACCCAAGAUGAAGGCGACUGGAGUAAGACGGAUGCGACAAUUGCGGAUGCUAUUAUUGAGUCUGCGAAGGUAUCCCCGAAUGAAUUUGGUCGUUACACACCAUUUACUCUCCUCGGUAUCGACUCGAUUUCUGCCAUCGAUCUCGCUCGCGUCCUCAACUCAAAAUUGGAAACUCGAGUUGCAGUAUCUGACAUUCUACGCAAUCCAACCGUUGCUCAACUAUCUCAGUGUGUAAACAAGAAAUUUGAACAAGGAGAUGAUGUAUCGUCCAACAGCCCUCAUCAAUUCUUUCCUGAAGCUUUUGCGAAUUUGAUGGAAGACACGUUCAUGAGCGAUUCCAGAACCAUCAAGGCGGUAUUGCCCUGUACGCCCCUGCAAGAGGCAAUGCUUUCUCGUGGCCAAAGAGGGUAUUAUAACAAAGUACUUCUGCGCUUGUCAACCCCAUCUCAGGCGAUAAAGUCAUACUGGAAGUCAAUGACUAACAGACAUGAUAUCCUCCGGACAUGCUUUGUUACCACGACGGACUCUCAGCGGGCCAUCGCUCAAAUCGUACUUAAUGAUUGGGAAAUGCCGUGGCAAGUAUUCAAUGUCAAUGAGCUGUCUUUUGACGGGACGAUCGAAGAGCAUCUUAGAACUCUUCCUGAUCCAGUCGACUCCAGGAUACCACCGGUAUCUCUGGCAUUGUUGCGAUAUCGCGGAUCCGAAUUUAUAUCAUUCAUCUGCCAUCAUGCACUCUACGACGGGGUAGCAAUGGAAAGGCUCCUGAAAGAAGUGGAAGCACUUGCAAGGGGCGAGGAGUUGCCGCCACCGGUGCCCUAUAGCGAGUUCUUGAGGUUGUCUACCAGUUUGCCUGAUGAUGUGGAACAGUUUUGGCAACAGCAUUUCCAAGACUAUGUUCCAUCGGCUAUCUUCGCGCAGACUACCACGAGUGAGAUCGACCAGAGCACCUGUACCACAUCGAUGGACCUGCCUCUUACCGAUUUGCAAGCACGUCUUCGUAGCCUUGGGAUAACCUUGCUUUCGGUCUGUCAAGCCAGCUGGGCCACAGCUCUCACUAUGGCCUAUCGACGUUCUGAUGUGUGUUUUGGAAACGUUGUCAGCGGCCGAACACUUGAUAUCGAAGGACUCGACAGGCUCGUUGCACCCUGUUUCAAUACGAUUCCGAUCAGGGUGGACCUUUCGUCGCCCUCAAGCAACAUUGAUGUGGUAAAGAACUUGCAAAAUGUCAACACAGAAAUGCUAGCCUACCAAUUUACUCCACUGCGCCUGAUCCAGCGAAGUAUCAAUCGCACUGGCAAACACAUAUUCGACACACUUCUUCUCCUACAGAAGCCGCUGCAGGAUAUAGAUAAAGGUGUUUGGACGCUCGAAGGCGAUUCUGGAGAUAUGGAUAUUCCCCUGGUGUGCGAGAUAGUCCCUUGCCCAGGGUUAAACUCGCUUGUCGUCAACGUUCAUCGUGAUAUGAGCAUUGUGACUGAGGAAGUUGCCACCGCCAUGGCCGACGUCUUCAAGCUUACACUGCGGAGUAUCCUAAUGGCCCCUCAUGCCAUGUCAAGAAGCAAAGACGAGCUUUCCGCUACCUUGCGCUUAACACUGGAACAACUUGAGCCUAGACACGAGAAAGAAGACAAUACUGCUCCAUCGGCCGAGAAGAAAGAAGAAUGGAACCAAUUUGAACUCCAAGUUCGAGGUGUCCUUGCCAUGCUUUCUGGGGUACCUGAACAGCAGAUACGUCGCCAUACUACGAUCUUUCAGUUGGGACUUGACAGUAUCAAUGCUGUUCAGGUGGCCUCGAUUCUUCGUAGGAGUGGCUUCGUCAUAUCCGCCUCUGAUGUGAUUGAAUGCCCAAGUUGUUCAAAGAUAGCUGCGAAGCUACUCGAGAAGUCUUCAAAUCCCAAGACAGAAGAUAUCCAAAAGUACGAUCUCGAUCGCUUUUCACGUCAUGUUGCUUCAGAAAUCAUGGGCCACCUACCAGAAUCAGCCAAAAUCGAGGCCAUCCUGCCCUGCACCCCUGUUCAGUCAGCUAUGCUGGCGUCAUUCAUUCAAUCCGGAGGUGAUAACUACCUCAACGCAGUGAGGUACAUGAUCACAGAGGAUACGACAAUAGAGAGUCUUGCAACAGCCUGGCGUUUGCUCCAGGAGCGGCACCCUAUGUUGCGCACUGGCUUCGUACCUGUUCAACACCCUGACACCUCAUUCGCCAUGGUCAGACAUGCACCAGGCUCAAUGGAAACACCUUUGAGGGCGAUACAGGAUAAUAGAGAGUCGAGGGUCAACCUCCUACAGUUUAAGGCAGACGUCAGCGGAGAGAUUCUUUCCUCGUUGCAUCGACCCCCUUGGAAUAUACUUGUGGUACAAACCCCCGAAUGUACUACAAUGGAUUUUGUUGCUCAUCAUGCUCUGUACGACGCACCAACACUCCACAUGAUGCUCGGAGAACUUUCACAGCUCAUAGAGGGCAAGCAAUUUACUCAAAGUUUGAGUAUUGAGCCUGCGUUAUCUGUGAUUCUGGGCAACUUACUCAAUGUCAAAUCUUCUGAGAAGGCAUUUUGGGAGGCCAAAGCCAGUAGCACUGUUGUCAACAAAUUUCCUAUCAUGACACCGUUACGAGUUGAACAACGAGAGGUACUGACUGAUGCAGCUAUCGCAUCGUUAUCGUUUUCUGAACUCAAGAAAGCAACACAGGCUUCUAACGUAACGAUCCAAGCAGCGAUUCAAGCUGCUUGGACCCGGGUCUUGGCCUCGUAUGUGGGCGAGAACUCGGUAGUAUUUGGAGUUGCGCUCUCUGGAAGAACCGUGGACGAGACAAGAGAUGCAGCAUUUCCAUGCCUCAACACAGUCCCUAUUGUGGCAAGUAAUGUGCCGUCCAAUGCUGAUCUAGUCAACUACAUGAUGGACUACAACCAGCACCUUCAUAAAUAUCAGUUUUCUCCGCUUAGCCUGGUGCAGAAAUGGCUAGGCCAUUCAUCGGGCCCAAUUUUUGAUACACUUCUUGCUUAUCAGAAAAUGCCAGACACCGAGCCUUCAUCAACGAUGUGGAAGGUUCUCGACGAUGAAGCAAAGGUCGAAUAUCCGGUUUCGUUGGAAAUCGAGCCAGUGGCGAUGGAUCAGGUUCGGUUGUGCAUGACUUAUUACAACGAUGUUCUUCCAAGUGAGCAAGCACAACUCCUGAUGAAGCAAUUUGAUGCUUCGCUGAGUCACAUCGUAUGCCAUGCUGCUGGAACCGAAGACGAUGUUAUGCAGCACUCGCUAGCCCUUUAUUCUGUGCUCCCUGCAUCUGAACCUGCACUUGACGCUCCCGUAGAGUUGCUUCAUCAGUUCGUCGAACGAGGAGCAGCUGUUCACCCGGAGAAGCUUGCUCUCGAGUUUGUAUCUGCGUUUGACGGAGACGAUUGUGUUAAACAACAAUGGAGCUACCACGAACUCAACCUUAUGGGCAAUAAAGUCGCCAACAUGCUUCAUGACAAAGUCAUUCCCGGUAGCAUCGUUGCAGUGCAUUUCGACAAAUGCCCCGAGGCAUAUUUUUCUAUCCUAGGUAUUCUCAAAGCGGGUUGUUCGUUUGUCGCUCUUGAUCCAUCUGCGCCGAAAGCAAGAAAAGAAUUCAUCAUCGAGGAUUCCCAGGCCCCGUGCCUGCUCACAAAGCAUUCCGAGGACCUCGACUUUGAAGUCAAAACAGCCCUUUUCGAAGUCACAACUGAAGCCUUGAAUGCUUCAAGUGAAGAACGCCUCAUGUUUCAACCAACCAUCUCUCCGUCAGCUACCUGCUACUGUCUCUACACAUCUGGUACCACAGGAACGCCCAAAGGCUGUGAGAUUACCCACGACAAUGCUGUACAAGCAAUGAUGGCGUUCCAGGACCUGUUCAAAGGCCACUGGGAUGAUGAAUCGCGCUGGCUACAAUUCGCAGCCCUUCACUUCGAUGUGUCCGUACUGGAGCAGUACUGGAGCUGGUCUGUUGGAAUGGCUGUCGUUGCUGCUCCGAAAGAUCUUAUUCUGGAUGACUUAACAGCAUCGAUCAACAGACUUGGAAUUACACACAUUGACCUUACGCCGAGUCUGGCGCGCUUGACACACCCUGACGAAGUCCCUAGCCUUUGCCGUGGAGUGUUUAUUACUGGCGGUGAGCAGCUCAAGCAGGAGAUUCUGGAUGUUUGGGGUCCAAAGGCGGUUAUCUACAACGCCUAUGGCCCGACCGAGGCCACUAUUGGCGUUACCAUGUUUCAACGCGUGCCUAUCAAUGGUCGCCCAAGUAAUAUCGGAAAGCAGUUUCCUAACGUUGGCUCAUUCGUGUUCAGACAAAACACAAACACACCAGUUUUCCGUGGUGGUGUUGGCGAGCUUUGUGUGUCUGGUCGAUUGGUUGGUAAAGGUUACCUCAACCGGCCCGAACUCACAGAAGAACGGUUCCCCGUUCUUGCAGAGUUCAAUGAGAGAGCUUAUAGGACUGGAGAUCUCGUGCGAGUGUUGCAUGAUGGCUGUUUCGACUUUUUGGGCCGCGCUGAUGACCAAGUCAAGCUGCGUGGCCAACGACUCGAGAUUGCCGAGAUCAACCACGUUAUCCGGACUGAUGUCGCAGAUAUUCAAGACGCUGCCACUAUUGUAGCUCGACAUGGAACGAGUGGGAAAGAUGUAUUGGUCACAUUCGUUGUCAGUCAGCAUCCUGAGAAGGGACAACUCCAGAUUUUGCCGGAUCAGGGGGGUCUGGCUGCUCAAGCGAAAGAAGCCUGCCGUGCCAAACUGCCCGGAUACAUGGUACCGACCUAUAUCCUCUCACUCCCCUACAUCCCACUUUCCUCAAACAACAAGGCUGAGAUCAAGGAUCUUAAAAAACUGUUCGGUGAGCUGGCUCCGGAAAAACUCAUGGAGCUGUCCAGUGCGGCAACAGUUCCCACUUCACAAAGUGCCCAGAAGAUCGUGUCAAAAUUACUCGAGACCAUCUCUCAAUUCAGUAACAUCCGCCAAAGUGAAAUUUCGUCAUCAACAAGUAUAUUUGAUGUCGGCGUGGACUCGAUCACAGCCCUCAGACUUUCCUCGCUCCUCAAAUCUGUUGGCCUUAAAGCAGCGUCCCCUGCCGCCUUACUGAAGAACCCGGUUAUUGGCGACCUUGCGAACCUCUUAGCCAAAGUCACCUCAACAAAUCAAGAAAGGCUCGUUAAGGACGCUAAACAGUCUAUCCAGGCGUACGGCCAUCGUCAUCGAGGAAUGGUUUAUCGGAGCCUUGAUGUUAAGCCAACCGAUGUGGAAUACAUUGCACCAUGCUCGCCAUUGCAACAAGGUAUAAUUUCACGCUCUUUGACCAGCAGCCAGUCCGGGGCUUACUUCAACACCUUUGAGUUGAGGCUUCACCGACAUACAUCGGUAGAAAAACUGCAACAAGCAUGGGUUGAGUUGAUAUCAUCAGAGAGCAUACUGAGAAGUGUUUUUGUACCUACCACAGAUGGCUUCUUACAGGUUGCCCUGCGAGAUCCUUCCUUGCCAUGGACCGUACAAAGGCUUUCUUUAAGUGACAUGGUUGACGCAUAUGUUGCAAAACAGAAAAAGGACUGGGUGCAGCGGAACGAGGCCGCUAUCACUCAGCCCUUAUUGCUGGCUUAUGUUGAGACGCCUACAUCAAGGUUACUUAUCGUCCACAUUUUCCAUGCAUUAUAUGACGGCAACAGUUUUGAUCUGAUGAUGAAUCGGAUUGCCGAAGGCUACGAAGGUGUUCAAUCACCUCAUGCCCCGUCAUUCUUUGAAGCACUCAGCCAUGGUCCUUUGGCAAGGCACGAGAAUUGCCGGGGCUUCUGGGAAUCCCAUCUGAACGGUUGGUCAUCUGCCCCAAUCAAGCAAAUCCGCGAUUUCAUGACGGAGUCAGCGUUUACUGUCGAGCGUGAGAUAUCCAUCACCAACCUUGAGGCCAUUCGCUCUUCCCAAAAUGUUACCCUUCAAGCCGUUGUGAUGUCGCUAUGGGCUUCAGUUUUGCAAAACUUUGCUCGUAGCCAUCUCACCAUGGGUGUCGUUGUUUCUGGACGUGCCAUUGACCUUCCUGGAGUCGAGAGCACUAUUGGCCCUAUGUUCAACACUCUACCUUUCUAUUGUCGAACAGCCCAAAAACAAAGUUGGAAGUCCUUUGUCCGCCGAUGUCAUGAGUUCAAUGCAUCGGUGCUCGACUUUCAACACGUGGCUCUGAAAGACAUACAGAAGUGGUGCUCAAAAGGCAAGCCUUUAUUCGACAAUCUUUUUACAUAUCAGAUUGAGACCGCCACCAUUAACGCCGAGAAUGUGCCCUUCGACAUAGCGGAUAGUUAUGCUGCCGCUGACUACCCUCUUGCAUUCGAAGCUGUCUAUACGCUGUCAGGAACACUUCGACUCGCUCUUGUUGCGCAAGGGCACGUGGCAUCCCCCAUGGAUCUGAGUAGCAUCCUUGAUGAGUUUGAACGUUAUGCGGACUUAGCUUCACAAUCACCAGAAAGCGAAGUGCCUGUCCCUGAAUUCAGGGAGUCAGAUGCGGAUGCUCUCCACCCUGAACUUGCUUCAACACAUAACCAGAUCAACUUCGAAUGGACCCAGGAAGCUCAAACGAUACGGAAUGAAAUUGCUCUUCUUGCUGAUGCUACUCCGGCGGAUAUUGCCUAUGAUACGUCUAUUUUAGAACUGGGCCUUGACAGUAUUGACGUGAUCAAACUCUCGACCAAGCUCAAGAAACACAGCAUACAUCUGGCACCUUCGCAGAUUAUGCGUCACCAGACAAUCUCGAAUAUGCUUAUUGAUCUGGGUGGCUGCGCUCUCAAGUCUCCGGGCUCUGCAGAGAAUAGCGCGACCUUGAAGGCCCAAAUCAAGCUGCGCGAACUCCUUGUGGCCUCCGGCAUAGAUAUGAUAAACGUGGAGACUGUGCUUCCAUCGACUCAUCUUCAAGAGUCAAUGAUCGUUGGAAUGAUCCAAUCUGAAUACGACUCCUAUUUCAACCACAAUGUUCUGCGAGUUGCGGACGACGUUGUCACUGUAGAGCUCAUCGAAGCCUGGAAGGAACUCGUGAGCCGGACACCAAUCUUGAGAACAGGGUUCGUUCAGAUAGACGAUCACGAGUCUGAUGUCACAUACUGCCAGGUUGUGUCGAGAUCUGUUGACAUAAACUUCGAGGCCACGACGAUUGAGAACCUUAGUGAACUACGCCAAGUCACUGCAGAAGCAAAAGAAAUGGCUAAGUGUGGGCGAGGUGAAAAGCAUCUGUUUCAACUCCGGCUAGUGAACAUGGGCUCAAAGCGAUAUGUUGUGCUUUCAAUGGCACACGCUCUCUAUGACGGAUGGUCCUUAAGUUUGCUCUUUCAAGAUCUCCAUUCAAUCUUUGAAGGACGACCGAUCAGCCGUCCUCCUGUAGAGCCAUUCAUCAGCAGAGUCUUGGAUUCGACAAACUCCAGAGCUCAGGAAUUCUGGAUGCAGUAUCUCGAGGGCGCGUCACCCUCAAUAGUCCCUACCCAAAAAACAUUGUUACCUACGAGCGACAACACACUUCAAAGGCAUGAGUUUACGUCUAGGAUUGCACUGUCGAAAAUCGAAUCGACCUGCAAAAGACUCUCCAUUAGUCUGCAAUCACUCUGCCAGGCUUGCUGGGCUGUCACGCUGGCACGUCAAAAAAAGGCUCUUGAUGUGGUGUUCGGCACUGUGAUGUCGGGAAGAGACUUUGAUGAGGCUGAGAAGAUGGUGUUCCCGACAAUGAACACAGUUGCUUUGCGCGGUAUCUUACACGGUUCAGUCUCUGAGUUUCUUCGGUAUCUGGAGGAUAACAUGAACGACAUACGAGAAUUCCAGCACUAUCCACUCCGUAAAGCACAAUCAGCAACCAAAGUAGACGCAGAAGGGCUCUUCAACACCUUAUUUAUACUUCAGAAGUCACCAAACAUAGCCGGAACAUCGGAUCGUACUAUCCUGACUUCCAUAGAAGGUUCGUCAGCCACCGAGUACCCUGUUUGUGUGGAAGCCGAGGCUAUAUCCAAUACCUUGGUUUGGAGACUCGCCUUUCAGCCUCAGCUACACUGGGAUGGACCCUCUGAAGGUAUUUUGGAGUCGUUGGAUUGUGCUUUGAGCUUUUUGGUGAGACCGGACGACCCCGAGUUGUUGUUGUUUGAAGAAAAUGGAGUAUCUAUUUGUGGUAUGCCUGCGUUCGUUGAAGCAGGCAGCGUUGGUUCCGAGCCUAUCCCGCCUACCACUCCUUUCUUGGACGUAGAGAUGGAGUGGACUCCCGCGGAAGCAGGAAUUCGAGACAUCCUCCAUCAAAUCUCUGGUAUCCCGCUGUCCUCCAUCAAGGUCUCCGACAACCUCUAUCACCUUGGCCUCGACUCAAUCAGUGCCAUCAAAGUGUCAUCCAAUAUGCGAAAGGCGGGCAUCAAUCUUCGGCCACAAGAUCUUGUCAAAUCUUCAAGUAUAUCAGAAAUGGCUCGGCGAGUCAGGAAAGAAGAAAAGACACCCCCGCAAGCGCUGGAACUCAAUGGAGAAUGGGAGCCACCUAAAGAUAUCGACGUGAAGGUACUGCUGAGCGCCAAUGGUAUUGCGGACGAUCAGGCAGAUCUUCUCCCUGCACUUCCAAUGCAAAUUUAUAUGCUGAAAGCUUGGCAGAAGGCAGAAGGAUCGGUGUUCUUUCCCGAGUUCUCAUACCAAAUCAACACUUCUGCUGAACUGGAAGACAUUCAGGGAGCUUGGGAUAGGUUCGUGUCAGAAACACCCAUCUUACGCACAUGUUUCAUUCCAACUCCUUCUGAGACUGUUCCGGUCAUACAAGCCAUUCUCAAACAUCAUCGAAUUCCCCUAUUGGAGUCGAACGCUGAAGACCUCUUGGAAGAUCAUGCCCGGUCCUUGGUUACAGCGAGGAUUUCACAGCAUAACGAGCAUUCCUGGUUCAUGCGCCUCAAGAUACACCAUGCGCUGUAUGAUGGGGUCAGUCUGACAGCUCUGUUGCGGCGAUUCUCCCAGUUACUGAAAGGUGCCGUCACUGUCAAUAAUGAAGGCCUUACCCACUGGAAGCAAUUUACUAUGGGCCAGGCUACAGUCUCAGCAUUGAACAAAAGGCGAGAAUUUUGGACUACAUAUCUACAAGGUCCUUGUUUUAGCCCUAGAUUCAUCGAGUCGGAAGUGGAAGUUGGAAAACGAGUCUCAUAUUUCGACAAGUCAGCGAUCUCGAACAUCAGUCAGAUCCAGGCUAUCGCUGCCCAAAUCGGCGUUUCCAUCCAAUCAUUGUUCCUUGCAGCCUAUGCUAGAGUUGUUGCCGCACAGGAUGAUCUUUCAGAUGGCAGAUCAGUCGUAUUUGGCAUAUAUCUCGCUAAUCGGGCCGCCGCCAAUGAUGGGCUACCUCAUACCUACCCUACCCUGAACCUUGUUCCCCUGAAGGUCGACUCACCAGCUCGUCGCUCUCUGCUUGACAUAGCCGGAAACGUACAGAGAGAUCUCCACCAGAUCACGUCUGAGGGAAGAUCGAAUGUUGGGCUUUGGGAAAUUGUUCGAUGGACGGGUAUACAGAUCACCUCAUUCGUCAACUUCCUGAGUCAUUCCAACGACACAAACCCAGCUCAGGACCCUAUCACCUCCAUACUGGAGAAGGACUUUGACACUAGUGAUGAUCAUGUACCCAUUCAGCAUCAGCAGGCCCUUCGUGAAAGCAUCAUCAAUGUCGAUAUGCCGUUGGCUAUUGACAUUGAAGCUUCAAUCAGCGAGAGACAUCUUGGAAUUGGUGUUUUUGGGUCACAGCAGCAAAUAUCACAUGAUAAGGCUGUUUUGUUGGCCUGCAGCAUCGCGGGUGUAUUGAAAGAGGUCACAGGUUGUGAGCCUUAG